CUUAGUUGAAUUUUGGUCUCUGGAACUUGUACCCGCCCCUUCAAAUUUUGUUGCAAAGUGUUUAAUGUUGUUAUUAUAUGUAGAGAUGAACUUGGUCGUUUUGUUGCUGACAAACGGUGUCUCACAAGCCUUAAGAUGGAAGGAUGCUCUAAUUUAGGAGGCUUUGUCGUCUAUUCAACAAGUCUUUCUACACUCUGGCUUUCAGAUCUUCAUUCUCUAUCCAAGAUGGUUUUUAACUGUCCCAAUUUGAGAGAGAUAUCACUAGAAUUUUCCCGUCAGGAAAAUGAUAAUACAGACCUUAUCACCGCAAUUGAUGGUUUGGGAAGGAGUUGCCCAAGGUUGCAAAAUAUACACAUUGCAUCACUUAGGCUGUCUCAUGCAGCUGUGCUAGCUCUUACGGCAGCAAACUUGAGGGCCUUGCGAAUGCUUUCACUUGUUCUUGGAUCAGAAAUAACUGAUGCAUCUGUUGCUGCUAUCGUGUCAAGCUAUUCAAAGUUGGAAUUACUUGACCUGAGUGGGUCUAGCAUCACUGAUAGUGGAAUUCAUAUGAUAUGCAAUGUGUUCCCUAACACCCUAUCAAGACUACUCCUUGCUCUCUGCCCCAAUAUCACUUCAAAUGGGAUUCAGUUUGCCACCACACAACUGCCUCUUCUUGAAUUAAUGGACUGUGGGAUGACCUUAUGCGAUCCCAAUUCCCAGAAUUUAAUCACCGAUGAAGACAGCUACUGCGAACUGCAGAAUACAUUCAACAAUAAACUACACCUUAUGUACCAGAAGCUCAUUAUCAAACAUGGCCGACUAAAAAAACUAAGCUUGUGGGGUUGUUCUGGCUUAGAUGGUCUAUAUUUGCACUGCCCAGAACUCAGUGACCUGAAUUUGAACUCUUGCAAAAACCUAAAUCCUGAUAGAUUACUCCUUCAGUGCCCUCGUUUGGAGAGUGUGCAUGCAUCCGGAUGCCAAGGGUUGUUGUUAGGGACCAUUAAAAGCCAGGUCUUUAAUAACUCUGCUGCUGCAGAAAACAAUCUUCCAUGUAAGCGAUUAGCUGAUGGCUCCAAAAGGAUCCGUGUUUCAUAUUUUGUUAGCCAACAGUCUUGUGAUGAUGAUGAUAAGAAGCAGAGGAAGAUGGCAAGCCGGCAAUGUAAUGUGAUUGUGAACUGAUCAUCCCAUAUGCUUUCAACACACCAUACCUGUUGUACACAUCAGCAUGGGGGCAUUUUCCUCGUGGGAUUAUAUAAGGAAUAACUUGGAAAUUAUUUGUAGGAGGGAGGCUUGGGCAGCAUAGCUGCCUCACAGAAUUUGCCUUCAACAUGUUAAUUGAGUUAUUAGUUGAACUUUUAUUGUAACAGAAACUACUGGUCCCUGCAUUGAAGUUUUCAUCCAUUCCAAAACUUUUCUUUUAUGGUGCGCCAUUCUAGAACUU